AUUUGGCGGGAGUACUUUCUGCUCUUGAUCUCCGAGUUUGAGUUUAUCGCAGGAGCUGACAAAUGAGUGCUCCUAACAUACCCAACAAUACAAUCAGGCAUAAUUUAUUUGAUGUAUAUCGUCCUGAUUACCCUGUCACUGUUCCCAUUAUCUCUCAAGCACCAACGCUAGGCAGUGCUCCCAGAAAUGUAUUUACCACAUACUCUUCAAAUCCACAAUCCAGAAGUGUACAAAAAUCCACUGGUAAGAAAAGAAAAAUAAUUUAACCACUUAUCAUCGAAUUUACUUUGUUCUAUUUUUCUUCUUCUUCUUCUUUAGUCAAUAAUUCAAUGUCAAACUUUUCCCUAGUCACUACAAGUAAUAUUACCCAACAGAAUGCUAACAAUACGGCCAAUCAUCCAACCUUCAAUAAUCUCUUUCAAUCACUUUUAAGUGCGUCAACUUCUCAACAGGCAUCUAUGCCGCCUGCUAAUGUAACAGGUUAUGUGAAUACAAUAGCAUCAGGGCAAAAUGGAAAUUUAUUCACUAGUUUUCGACCUGCACAGUUAACUUAUCAGUCGAAUAAUAUACGUAUUACUUUGCCUACAAGUGUUUCACUUGUAUCUCCUCAUGUCACAGUGAAUUCAAAUGCUUUAAGAUCAUCAAAUCCUACUUCAUCACAUAAUAAUAUGAAUAAUGGGACACAAAGUACAAUAACAACUACAGCAGCAACAGCAGCAGCAACAACGACAACAAAAACAACAACUGCAACCACGACUGGUCGAUUUAGCAAAGCAAUGUCUACAGAAUCAUUGUUUGUUUCAACUAAUCUUAUUCCAUGCAAUGGGAUGAAGAAGUUAGGCGCUAUGACAUUUCUUCGAUGGGCAGCAGGUUUGUAA